UCUUUCGAAACAAUAUAAGCGCCUCAGUUUAAAUUUACAGAAGAAUGGAUGCACCCAGUGAUUUCUUAAUAUUUAAGUAGCCUGUUGCAUUAAUAUAUCAUUUAUUUAACACAUAUUUCCGUUUUAAAUACUUAAUAUAUAGUCACGCUUCUCCCAAUGGUUCGACUAUAUAUGACCAUCAUGAAGUGUCUUCUGUCUUACUGAAAUUGUAAUGUGUGUCAGAAUUCCAUGUUUAAUAUAAAUUUACCUUAAUUAAAACAAAUUAAAAUCCAAAUAUUUUCCUUAUGGCUGCCCUCUUUACUCACACCGUCUCAACCGGUCUCAGCUAUCCCCAUAUUAUGGCACAGUCAGUAUUAUUGUCUUCCACUGCAUAAGUGCACGAAAUUAAAAAAUGCAACCAUUCAUUACUUUGGACGAACUUACCCACUUAAGAUGAUUUGAGUAACUAUUCAAACAUAAGUUUCUUCAGUGUCCGUCUGCUUGAAAUCAGCGACAUUUUUCGGAAAUUGAGGUUGCCAGUUACCUUGGUGUGCCCUCGUCUAUAUUUUGUAACCAGAACUUAUAAUAUGAUUCAGAUACAGCAUAUGUCUGCUAAAACACUGCAAACAAAUACUACAAUAUGGCCCAUGCUUUGUGAUACAAGUCAGCAGUUGGUUUAGUUCUCAUCCUUUACAAUUAUCAGCUAAAUUCAGUUAAUAUAAUUCCACUGAGAUGGAAUUGUUCAUGCUGAUGUUAAGAAGUAAUCAGCCAUCUGAUAUCAUAGGAGCUGUGCCCUCUUGAGCCUUUGCCUUCCAUCAUCAUCAUCAUCAUCAUCAUUAUUUAAAAUAUGAUGAUUGAUCAACUACAUAAUUUUCAGCUCCUUCACAAAACAGCCCUUCCUGGGUUCAGAUGAAAUUGUGGAGGUCAACAGAUGCUUUGAUGACUUAAUUGACAGUUUCUUCUUUGCAGCACGUUGGCCCCUCAAAUAUCUUGAAAUUGGCAUUUAGUAUACCAAAUGCACAUUCUACACUUUUUCGUGCAUGAGAGAGCCUGUAAUUAAAUAUAUGUCUUUUACUAGUCAGCAUUCUUCUAGGGUUAUUUUCAAUGGAAAUGCUUUACCUGCUAUGAAGUAGUAGGGACAUGUUUCACUGCUGUCAUCCAGUGGUAGAGAAGUUGGAAAUGGAAUGUGAAGUUCUUCCUUCUCCAGCAUCUCUCUGAGAGUAGAGGCCCUAAACAAAGAACCAUCACUGUUCUUGCUGACAUCUCCGACAUGGAUAGCAAUCUGUUUAUCUUCUUUUCAGUCACAGCCUGUAAAGAGAGGUGGAAACAUAUAAGAACAGUAUUUGCUCGCCAUUUGCAUGAUAAGACAUCUUCUAGGUCGUCUGCUAAAAAAAAACGUCCAUAUUAUCUUCAUGAUGCAAUGCAAUUCAUGAUUCCUCACAUGACGAAAAAUAGGCACCAGGAAAGCAAUUUGACAGCUCCACACACAGAAGAAGAGACAUCAUUAUCUGGAGAAAACAAAGAAGACACUCAGAUGAAUGAAGUGCCAAAUGAAAAUGUUCCACAAUAUAUCACACCAUUUGAUAGUCCUACCGUGAUACAAACUUCUUGUCAGAGAAACCAAGACAAUUGUAGGCAACGGUUAUUUGGCAAACAACAUCGGCUAACUGCCUUGGAUCCGGUUGAUACGAGCUACAUGAACUACAUGAAGCAAAAGAGUCAAUUGAAAAAUCCAGACCCUGAUGCAGAAUUUUUGCACAGCCUACUCCCAGACAUGAAAUCAAUGACUGCUAAGCAGAAACGUACAUUUAAAAUUGGAGCUCUGAAUUUAAUGGAUGAGCUAUUAGAAGACACAGAAAGUGACCAAUCUUUCACAGAAUUGAGCGAAACAUCCGCUUUUUAUCAUACAACGUCUCUUCGAAAAACAAAGGAUAGCUCCCAAUCAGUGAUAACUUAUUGGGAAACAGAAUAGAGGAAAUAGGGAACACUGACCCUCAUUUGAAUGGCACAGAUGACAUAAACUGAUUGUAACAAACAAUGUAAAGACAAAAUGUCUAGCUGUGGUAUUGUAUUUGUUUAUAGAGAUCUGCAGAAUAUGUAUAACAAUAAAAAGAUAAACUUUCUUUAC